AAUCGAUAGCCCUUGCGACCUGACUCCUACAUCUGACGACAAAUUUUUCGUCGAAAUUUUUCGACAUAAAAACAAAUAGAAAAGUUUGAAAUCUAAAACACAAAAUGAUGAAAGCCGUGUCGUGCGUGCGUGCCAGCUCACAGGCGCUGUCCGCUGGACUUCGGGCAAGCGGGAUCGCUGUCAAUACAAUUGCAACGCGCCAGGCCCACACCGAUCUGCAAGUGCCAGACUUCUCGCCCUAUCGUCGUGACUCUGUCAAGGAUAGCCGUCGUCGCAACGAGAGCGCAGAGGAGCGCAAGGCGUUCUCAUACAUGCUGGUGGGAGCCGGCGCUGUUGGCGGUGCUUAUGCGGCGAAGGGCUUGAUUAACACGUUCAUCGGCUCAAUGAGCGCAACAGCCGAUGUCCUGGCCAUGGCCAAGAUUGAAAUCAAGCUUGCUGACAUAGCCGAGGGCAAGUCAGUGACAUUCAAGUGGCGCGGCAAGCCCUUGUUCAUCCGCCAUCGUACACCAGCUGAGAUUGAUACAGAAAGGAAUGUGCCUACCUCUACGCUGCGUGAUCCAGAGACGGACGAUCAACGCGUCAUCAAGCCCGAAUGGCUGGUGGUCAUUGGCGUCUGCACACAUUUGGGUUGUGUGCCAAUUGCGAAUGCUGGCGACUUUGGUGGUUACUAUUGUCCUUGCCAUGGCUCUCACUACGAUUCAUCGGGACGCAUACGCAAGGGCCCGGCGCCAUUGAACCUGGAGGUGCCCACCCAUGAGUUCCCCGAUGAGGGCACUCUGGUUGUUGGUUAAGCCGUAUUGUUUACGUUUAAGCGAAAACCCCGCAACAGCAAAUAGUGAAUGGAAUGAUGCUAAUAAAUAUAAAUAAACAAGUGAGCAAGCCAA